GUCAUGCGGAUGGAAACAGUAGUGGGCAUCCGCUGCGCUGCACGAAGAAGACACUUCGAGGAAAGAUGCACGAAGAGGAGGAUGGCAGCGGAGCAAGCCCCUGCACGGCCUCGCGGAUUGUGGCCCCGAGGUCCGUGGAUGUGGCCGAAGUCGAGGGAGCGAAGGAGCAGGCCUCCAAGCUGUGCGGGUACUUGAACAAACUGUCGGGCAAGGGGCCUCUGAGAGGGUACAAGCCGAGGUGGUUCGUGUACGAUCCGAGGAAAUGUUACUUGUAUUACUUCAAGACUCACCAAGAUGCCUUGCCGCUCGGGCACAUCGAAAUAGGCGAUGGGUGCUUCAGCUACGACGUGGAGGGGGAAGAGGGUCAGUUUGAGAUCCGCACGACCGGGAAGGAGUUUCUCCUGAAGGCUUCCAGCAGACAGGUGAUGCAUUACUGGCUCCAGCAGUUACAGCAGAAACGUUGGGAGUACAGCAACACACGAGGCUCCGGUCAGAGAGACAGCUGGAGCUCCCCGACCCUGGCCUACCCUCCCACGGGCCUCGUAGGGAAAGAUAACGAUGCACCCGUCUUUGAGAAGCUAAGUGACAGCAUGGAGAAGGUCCGCAGCGACUUUGCCAUGGAGACGGAUACCGAUGGCGGGGGAAUGGUGGGUAUCCAGUCAGCCAGAGGGCCUUCUGCUGCGUCCACCAACCCCCUCAACUUCUCCCUCAAAAACUUCGGUACAGAAAUCAGGAACUCCAUGUCUUAUCUGCGGCCGGGCAGAGGAGGUGAGAGCAGACGCAGUGUGCUUCAUACCAACCGCAGCAGCAGCGCAGAGGAGUGGGAGCUGGUGGAUGCUCCAACCAAGGACUUCCCUGAACAGAAACCUCAUCCAGACACACACAGACAUUCCUUUGGGUCGGCCGCAGCGUUUACUUUCGACUUUGUGCGUAACUCAUCGCGGCCUAAGAAGCCUUUGCUUCGAGACAUGAUGGGCUCAGGGAGGUUUGGGCGCAACGCUGAGACGCACAGUGCCGAGAGCUCCCCAGUGGAGUGUAACGGCAGCAAACCUUUGGAGAUGCAGCUUCGCCAACAGGAGGAACUGAGCCGCAUGCACCACGAGCAGGCCAAACUCAGAGAAGAGCUGGCCAGUCAGAAGGAGUUGGUGAGACUUUUACAGCAGACUCUGAGAACCUCCCAGUGCGAUAGGCAGCCAGCGCACCGUCCAACCCCGGCUACAGAUUCAUCCGCAGCUUCGGACCAGACUCAAGGUUCGGUAGUGACCCAGCAAGAGACCGGCCAGUUGGAGGCUCUGCUUCAGGAAAGAGAUGGACAGAUCCAGGACUUGUGUGGCCACAUGGAGCGCCUCGCCUUGGAGAAGGAGAGUCUGCAGCAAGAGCUGAAGGGCCUGAAGAUAAAGGUGGGGGAGAUAAACGACCAACUGGGGAUGCUGAUGGAGACCAUCCAGGCCAAGGAUGAAGUCAUCAUCAAGCUGUCGCAGGAGAGUUCAGAGCAGAGCGGUACUCCAAACGACGGAUCACCAUCGCCCAAUAAAGAUCAGGAGGAGAUGGACAUCCUGAAGGACAGUCUUCAAGGCUACAAAUCCCAGAACAAGUUCCUGAACAAAGAGAUCCUGGAGCUGACAGUAUUACGCAGAAACGCAGAGAGUAGAGAAAAGACUUUAGAAGCAAAGUAUUUGGCGCUGGAGGCCAAGCUUUGUCAGGUGGAGAGUAAGUUUUUGGUGCUGCUUCAAGAAGUGAAGACCCCCGUAUGCUCGUCUUCAGAGCAGAGCCCAGCCCGAGAAGUCAUCUCCCGAUUAUUAGAGGAUGCGCUGCAGGCAGAGAGCUCCGACCAGCAAGAGCACCCCAUCUUUAAACCAAAUGUUGUCAGCGAGUAUGACACGUUUGGCUUCAAGACUGUCCCUGAGGAGGAGGAAGAGGAGGAGAGGCUGGUGGCAAAGAUGAGAGCUCUGGAGCUGAAGUCUCUAUCCAUGACGGAUCAGGAGGUGUCCAUCGGGGUGAAGUGGGAGAACUAUCUGGCCAGCACCAUGAACAGAGACCUGGUGCGCUCCCCUGAGCUCAAGGCCCUGUUUCGCUACGGCGUGCCCCAUGAGCACCGGUCCCAGGUGUGGCGCUGGUGUGUCUCCUUCCACGUCAAGAAGUUUCGUGACAACUUGCCACCUGACUACUAUGAGACCUUACUAAAUGUUGCAAGGGACAAGCCCAACCCGGCCUCAAAGCAGAUCGAGCUGGAUUUGAUGCGUACUUUGCCCAACAACAAGCACUAUUCCUCACCGAAUACAGGCGGCAUCCAGAAACUCAGGAACGUCCUGAUGGCUUUCUCCUGGAGGAAUCCAGAUAUCGGCUACUGUCAGGGGCUAAACAGGCUGGCAGCUAUCGCCUUGCUGUAUCUGGACCAAGAGGACGCCUUCUGGAGCCUUAUAGCCAUUGUGGAGGUCUUCAUGCCAAGAGACUAUUACACCAAGACUCUGCUGGGCUCACAGGUUGACCAGCGUGUGUUCAAGGACCUGAUGAGUGAGAAGCUCCCUCGGCUUCAUGCCCACUUUGAGCAGUACAAGGUGGACUUCUCCCUCAUCACUUUCAACUGGUUCCUGGUGGUGUUUGUGGACAGCGUGGUGAGCGACAUCCUCUUCAAGAUGUGGGACUCCUUUCUAUAUGAAGGUCCUAAGAUCAUAUUUCGCUUUGCCCUCGCUCUCUUCAAGUACAAAGAGGAAGAGUUUCUGAAGCUGCAGGACUCCACAGCCAUCUUUAAAUAUCUUAGAUACUUUACGUGCACAAUCCUGGAUUCAAGGAAGCUGAUGAACAUCGCCUUCGGGGGCAUGAACCCUUUCCCCAUGCGACAAAUUCAGAACCGCCGCUCCUUCCAUCUGGAGAAAGUCCGUCUUGAGCUGACCGAGCUGGAGGCGAUCAGACAGACCUUCCUCAGGGAGAGAGAGACGAGUCAGGACAGACGGAGCUUCGUCAGCGACGAUGAGGAGGAUAACUGACAUUAAGGUUGUCGCUGAAGUAUGAUGACAAAAAGAUCAUCUCCAUACGCCGGUCAUGUGUUGCAGUUGUAAAAGGAUUUUUUCAAAAAGAUAGUUAGAGUCUGAAUCAGAGCCGGACCAAUCAAAUUUUUAUACAUUUUUCGUCGAAAGAACAACUUUACGAGCCAAAUGGGCUUUCUAUCAGUAUUCCUGCCAUUUUAAAUGCUUUACUUGUUGUAUGCUUGUGUGUAUAUGCCUCAUGCACAGCACUUCAACGCCGAGCUACACUCUUACAGUCCCAUUCAGUAUUUUAAAAACACGGCUGUGAUCUUUUAAUAGUUAGUGAUUUUAUGUCUGUUGAAGGAAUGAUUGUUGUUUUUUUACUCUUGUUUUCAUUUGUUUUUCUCUGCCUCCGGUCCCUUUCUCACACACGUCUUAAAGUUGUUUACCUAAAUCUUUUGCUGAAAUUCAAAUUUUGCUGAAACUUAAAAUUUAAAUCUUUGAGCCUUCUGAUCACCAAGUCAUUCCAAAAUUGUACAUAUCAUUCCAGCCUCUCGAGGUUACACAGAGAUUUCCUAUCAAACCGGGGAUCAAAAACGUAAUCUUCCCAUGUAUUAUCACUCACAUUAACGGCACGUGGAACACCUUGGGAAAAACUGUGUUUGUAUUUUGCAAGAUAUGCAGUAUUAUGCAUAAUGCUGGAAUUACCUUUCAGAUGCAUUUGCAUUCAUUGUCCUCAGUGUGGCAGUAUAACAUGUCUGCCCAGUGUUUACACUAGUUCACAUGUACCCUCAACACAGAAUGAUUUUAGAGUUUGAUAUACUGGCUUUGAAGUCACUCUGUCAACAUGAUUGAAAAUAGAAAUAUGUUUUUUAAUCUAUGAGGGAAGUGUUUCAGGAGUGUGGCAACAGCUUUCCGUCUUCCACAUCUAGGUACUAACAGAAGACCGUUUACUCUUUAGCACUGUGACCAUAUUCUCUAUUACACUUGUGUCACAAUUUUUGCUGUUAAACAGACCAUUAUGAAACAGUUGCUUGCUUAGAACGAAACCACGUUUAUAUUCGGUCAAACGACAGUGUACAACUGAUGUUCUCUUGUGUGCCGAUAUAUUGUUUACAGUUUGUAAUAACUUUUAAUUUCCUUUAUUUUUACGUUACUUGACUCUACUUGCUGUUGACAGAUUAUUUUUGCUGUUACUUAAUUGACUACCUUUUAUUGUACUGUCAGUCCAAGCACCACGCCUAACAUUUUGGACGGACCACCUGAACUUGUGACCAAAUGACAGAAUUGUGGUCGCUUUAAUGAUGGAAAUGUGAAUGAAAAAAAAAACUUGUAGAAGAAGAGAUUCAAUUUGUUUGUCUGCGUGAGAGCAGGUCUUUCAUGAGACUCAACUUGGAUCAGUUUAAGAUGGAAAGAUGUCUGAGGUCCAGUCAUUUUGUCAAAGGGCUCAUACAGUAGGUUUGCGCAUAUUUGUAAUACAUAUCUGUUCUAAGCAUGGUUUGAAUGCAUUUCCUUGUUUUCUGUCAGUUUCAUAUUCAGAUGGAAUAAGCUAUGUUUUAUGCUAUCACCUAUUUCAUUUCUCUCUCUUUUGCUUUUCCCAGCAAUGUAUUGCACACGUGUAAGGACAAGAUGACUUCAGAAUAUUAUAGGGCACUUCACUUUUUUUGUAUGUAAAUCUCUAUGGUAUCUUGUUCAUUGUUAAUCUGUAUCAUUUAAUUAAAAGCUUUUAUAUUACAGAAUGAAAUAUGCCAUUGUAUGUUUUUUUUGUAAAACCAGUUAAAAGACAAAUUCAAUAAACAGCUGACUGAGUGUGA